AAAAAAAAAGCAGCUGCUUCCGGUGUUUGCGUGUGAGAGGAAGUCGGGCGGAGCCGGGUAGCGUAAAAGUAACGGGGACCUCUGCUUCAGUUGGGUUAAAUCAUGAACAAACGUCCGCUACUUUUGUGCCUUGGCCUAUGGGUAGCCUGCACAUUAAGCAAACCCACAGAGAAGAAGGAUCGUGUUCAUCAUGACUCUCAGCUUAGUGAUAAAGUUCAUGAUGAUGCACAAAAUUUUGACUAUGACCAUGAUGCUUUUCUGGGUGCCGAGGAUGCAAAAACAUUUGAUCAGCUAACACCUGAAGAGAGCAAGGAGAGACUGGGAAUGAUUGUAGGUAAGAUAGACUUGGAUAAUGAUGGGUAUGUGACGGAGGGGGAACUGACUGCAUGGAUCAAGAAAGCCCAAAAGAAGUAUGUGUACGACAACGUUGAGCGGCAGUGGCAGGAGUUUGACCUGAGCCAGGAUGGACUCGUAUCGUGGGAUGAGUACAGAAAUGUCACCUAUGGCACUUACCUGGAUGAUCAGGAUCCAGACAAUAGCUUCAAUUACAAACAAAUGAUGAUAAGAGAUGAGAGACGAUUUAAAAUGGCUGACAAAGAUGGUGAUCUCGUAGCAACAAAAGAAGAGUUCACAGCAUUUCUUCACCCAGAGGAGUUUGAUUACAUGAAGGACAUUGUGGUUUUGGAAACCAUGGAAGAUAUUGAUAAAAAUGGUGAUGGCCUUAUAGACCUAGAAGAGUAUAUAGGUGAUAUGUACAACCAUGAUGGAGAUGCUAAUGAGCCAGAGUGGGUGAAGACUGAGCGAGAACAGUUUAUGGAGUUCAGAGACAAGAACCAUGAUGGAAAAAUGGACAAAGAAGAGACAAAAGACUGGAUUCUUCCUUCUGACUAUGACCAUUCUGAAGCUGAAUCCCGCCAUCUUGUUUAUGAGUCAGACCAUAACCAGGAUGGCAAACUGACACGAGAGGAAAUAGUUGAUAAAUAUGACUUAUUUGUGGGCAGCCAAGCUACAGACUUCGGGGAGGCACUGGUCAGACAUGAUGAAUUCUGAGUGCUGUAAAUUCAUUCCUCCAUCAAGAGACCUACUAAACCCUUCAUCUUUGUGCACACAGUGAAUGGAGGGAAAAUGACUUAACUGAGAACAAAAGUUAUUUAUUGUAAAACAACGUCCUGGUCAACAAGACAAGCGUUGGAGUGCAUUUCCAGACAUUACACUAAUUGCUGCGCUUUUUGCAGUGUGGUGCAGGGCAGAUGCCUUGCACAGCCAAAAGAAUAUUAUUAUCCAUUUGUGUUCUUAAUAUUUUAACACUAGGUUUGGAAUGUAUUAAUUGUUCAGCCUUUGUAUACUCUGGCACAGAGAACUUGUUGCCAUUUCCCAUACAUUUAUGCCCAUAAGCAGAAAGUUGGCACCUAUUGACUGAUAUUCUGAAAAUCUGCCUUUCAGUAAUUUAUGCUAUUUUUUGCCAAGAUAGUAGUUGGUGUCAUCUUAAUGAAAAAAUAUUAAACCUCAAAAUCCCCCCCCCCCCAAAAAAAAAGUUGGAAGAAGGUGUUUACAUAUUUGCAUCAAAGAAUGCUGGGGGGAAAAAACUGUUUAGGUCCAGCCUUUAAAGAGCAGAAGGAAUAAUGUUUUGGUGCAUGUUUCUGCCCCUAUUUUAUAGCUUUUUAUUGGGGGAGGGCACUAUCAUUGAACUAUCUUUUGUAUUGUGCCUUGAAAUUUGUAAUAUUUGGAGAAAUAGAAAACUGCUGGGAUUUUUUAAUCAAAAAGUUUGUCACUUUUGUACAUUGUUAGGGUAAUGUAUUUUUUGGAACUUAUGCUAAGUCGUGUUCCUUUCACUCGAAAUCCAUGUCUAAUUCUAGCUUGGGGGUAAUUGCACAUUUUGUUUCCAGGUAAAUGGAGGCAAAAACUAUUGCAAUUCUAGCAUCUGUUAGUGUUAGUAUCUUGCAGUUGUCACCAAUGUGCAGUUAAUUAAACCUACUAGAACAGGAAGUAGUUUCCAGGUGCUCAGUUCCUUCUAAUUUCUACUCAGAUAACCACUUUCAAAAUUUCUGGUGUGCCAUCAUCUUUACUUCUCCCCCCUCCCCCAGAAUGGUAAUAAUACUAGAAAGUAAGACAUGCACUAAAAUAUUUUAUACUAGCUGUUUGAAACGUUUUAAAUAUUCUGCACAAUUUUGAGGAAGCAGGAUAUUUGUAUAUUAUCCGUGGGAAGAAGGGGCACCAUUACUGUAAAAUAUGCCCUCUUUUAUUUCUUUAGUGCAAAUGUGUGAAUUCCCUUGUGAGUAAUUACUUGUCUUUUUAGGCUGAAAAUAAUGUGUUUGGGAAUUUGAACUAUAGAAAUGACUGCCAAUUUAGCAAAGAUGACAAUGUUUAAUUCAAAUUUUAAUGAAAGAAAAACUGUCGGUGCACAGUCUUUUUGCUGCCUAUUUCUACUUUUUUUGUUUUAUUGAGUAGUAUAUUUAUAUAUAGUCAUAUUCUUUACAAAUUAGUAUUGCAUAAACUCAGUAUUUGUUCUAUGAUGUCUAUCUGCUCAUUGUCACAGGCGGUAACACUUUUAGUUAUUCUGUAAAUUAUCUUUUUAACACUAAAAACUGAGUAAAGGUGUUGCAGCUCUUUU